AUGCAUGCACUUUCUCUUCUUCUUCUACAGGCGCCUUUCGCUGCUGCCUACCCUUGGGUAGCUGGUGAACCUGGUGUUAACUCUGGCCUAUUCAGACAGGCGCGCCAGGCGGAAAAGCGACAGGAAAACUGUCCCUUCAACCCAGUCCACAAAGGUGCUGCCCCUUACACUGCCCCAUACACCUACGUGGGAGCGAAGAAUGGGCUUCCGGGCAACGGAAGAGGUGGCAUUAAAGUCCCUGCGGACGGCGAUACUGCACAUGCCUACACACCUCCUGGUCCCAAUGACAUCCGCGGACCAUGUCCUGGCCUGAAUGCUGCGGCCAAUCACAAUUUCCUCUCCCAUGACGGAAUCACCACCUUUGAAGAACUCGUCGACGCGCAGCAAAAUGUCUACAAUGUCGGUUACGACCUGGCGGUCCUUCUCGCCGUACUCGGAGUCCAAGCCGGUGGUGACGUCUUGACUGGAAAGCUCAGUCUCGGAUGCGAUGCUACAUCCCGCACAGCUCUGCUUCCUCUUCUUGGCCGCGAACCUGGUCUCAAUGGUCACAACAAGUUUGAAUCUGAUUCCUCGCUUACGCGCAAUGAUUACUACACCUCAGGUGGCGAUAAUUAUAGCUUCAAUGGUACGCUGUUUGCCAACAUGAAGAAGGUCGCCGACCGAGUUUCUGGCGGAAAGUUUGAUCGAAACACCCUUUCCGUGUAUCGGAGUCAGCGGUACGGUGAAUCUCUUCACGAGAACCCAAACUUCUUUUUCGGACCUCUAUCACUCCUUCUCUAUGGCGCCUCAUCGUUCCUCUACGAGUUGUUCCCCAGCUACGGUCCUCAAGGCACUCCCAACUUGGCAACCAUAAAGAGCUUCUACGGCGCCGUCGAGGACCCAUCUGCAGAAGGUGGCUGGCGCCACGUCCCGGAACGCAUUCCUGAAAACUGGUUCUCGCGCCGUACGCCCUACGACGUCCUCCGUGUCACUGAAGAAAUCCUUGCUCAGUACCUGCAGGCUCCCAAACUCUUUGGUGGCAAUGUCGGAAAAGACAACUUCCUUGCGUUGGAAACGCCAUUUGAUGUCAUCAAAAAUGGCAAGUUGCCUAGCACGGCGAACCUGGGGUGCUUUUUAUAUCAGCUGGCUACUGGCCCUGUGCCGAGCAUGCUUAGCACGGUCACAGAUAUCACGGGAGCGUUGCUGGAUUUUGCGCUGACGAAAUUGAAUCCCAUCUUCCAGAAUACGGGAUGUCCGCUCAAGAGUCAGCAGGGAGGAGGCAGUGGUGGUGGUUUGCUCGAUGGGUUAUUGAAUGGGUGA